AAAUGCCUUAUAAAGGAAGACCCUAUGGGAUGCUAGUGCAUAAAAAAACUCCUGAUUAUCAAUGUCUUUUUUCUCCUUGAGAACUGAAGAGUUAAAAUAAAUAAAUAAAAUAUUUUGUUGAGUUUGUGUAAGAGAUGGGGAAUUGUCAAGCUGUUGAUGCUGCAGCACUAGUGAUCCAACACCCUUGUGGGAAGAUAGAGAGAUUGUAUUGGUCAGUUAGUGCAAGUGAAGUUAUGAGGGCAAAUCCAGGUCAUUAUGUGUCAUUGAUCAUGCCAUUGCCUCAACAAGGACAAAAUAGUAAUAACAAUGAGGAGAAGAAGGAUGUGGUUUUCACUCGUGUUAAGUUGCUUAAGCCUGAUGAUACUCUCACUUUAGGCCAUGCUUAUAGACUCAUCACAGCUCAAGAGGUUGAGAAGGUAAUGAAAGCUAAGAAGAGGAAGACACAGGGAAGGACAGUGGAGGGUGUUGAAAUGGUGCACAUAGAAAAGGAAAGUUUAGCUUGUGAAACUGAAGGGAUGUUGGACACAGGAAAGAUGUAUCAGGCAAUGAGAGCAGACAGGCGGAGGCUAAGGGUAUCAUCGGUAAACCCUGCAGCACCACGACCAAAAUCAUGGCGCCCCGCUUUACAAAGCAUCUCAGAGUUUUCUAGUUGAGUGAUGCAAUAUGUUGUGAAAUGUACUGUGUCUCAGAACAUUACAAUACAAUCAUACUCUCAACUAAAUAACCAUGUUCAGUUACAACAUGUUUGUAUAGCACCAAAAAGAAGGAAAAGAAAAAAAAUUGUGAAAUGUAAAAUCAAAAUCUAUAAGAAGUUCUUUUUAUUGUUAUUUUUAUAAAGCAUACAGAUGUUACAAAAUCAAAUGAUAAAUCUUUACAUUGUAAAAGAGAGAAAAAUGUAAAAGUACAAGUCAUUUUAAUUUUGAGUUCCAAACUUUCCAAUCUUCAUCAACA